UUAUAUGAAAUGCUCACAAUAGUACAUAGACCGGUAGCUUAGGUACAAUACAAGAUUGGAAUAAGUAGAGAUGAGAUAUCAUCGGUUGCAGGCUAGUUAGCAAAAGCCAAAACAUGGACACUAAUCAGUGUUUAAAUAAAAACUCAAAAUAGUGCAUGCAUAAAUAUUAUAUGUAACAAUGAAUUAUUUCACUACGGUUGGAGUUUCAGCUAUUUUUCUUUUUAUACAUACGAGCACGAGCACUUUAAAAGUGACGUAUCGCGUCUCAUCUUCUCGACGACGCGUAUGUACAAGAAAAACAAUAAACAAGCUGUAUUUUUGGUUGAAUGUGGUCAAUCUCAGUUGCACACAACAUGCAAUUACUCUGAAUCCUUAAAUGUAUUAAACUCAUGCAAUCCAUCUCACAGGCUGCCAGUCAGUAGAUUAUCCCUGCAGGUGCUUUAUUAUUGUUUAAGCUUCAUCUUCAGUCUUGACUUGGCUGUUUGGGCAAAACGCAUGCUCUUGAAACAGGUCCAAUUAUCCUGCCUAGAAUCAUUUUCAAAAAGUUAAAAAUACGUGUUCUUCAAGCAGUUCUAUUGUUGAAAAUGUCACUUUGUGUGUUGUGGCAUUUGUCAAAAUUGAACACAGUAUCGUCUCAUCUUCGAGUAAAAGCAGCAGAUCCUAGUUCCAUUGGAUAAAUCGUAUAUAGUGACAUUCGUGAGAAACGUGAGACGGAGUGAGUAGUCUAGUAAUUAGAGUUGACUUUUUCCUUUCAGUUCUACAAAUAUGUACUUUUAAUUAGGCUGAAUGUGAAUAUGGGGUUUAGUGCAUUUGCAAUAUUUACAGUUUGCAGUUAUUGUUGCACAAGAAAUAUUACAGAAUAUCAAUUUUACAGAAGAUCCCAUAACUGAGACGACCAGUUUGGUUAUUACAAAAUGAUCUGGACUAUGAGGGGCAUCCUUCAAGGUGGGGGUAAACAGUGCUGUUGGUGUUUGAAACUCCUAAAAUUCUCAAUUUUGGUGCUAACAUUUCUCUCCAAUGUUUGUGCAUCUUCCAACGAUAAGUCGUCUUCAGACCAACAACUCAGUCACCACCGCUCCCACUCCCCUUGGUCCGAAAGCUCAGCAAGUUCCAUCCUUCCGUGGGAUGAACCAACUCACAUGCCAAAUGUUACCCCCCUCGUGCUCAAGGAAGUUCGAGAGUCCAACCCACAGAAAAAAUCAUCCAGCAAAAAGUCUGCCACGAGUAAAAAGAGCAAGAGCAGCAAAACUGGGGCCGAUGGAAGUGACGAUGCCUCGAGAGGCGGAAAGGGAAAGUCCGGAAGUCGCACUUACGAGAGCGACAACAAUAAUUUCGCAGACGGGAGGGAUUCUAAGGUGGACUUGGUUAUUUUGCGUGAAAAAGCAUUGGAUUUCGGAUCCCUAGUUGUCAAUUUCCUGAGCCAAGAAGUUCUCCGACCACAAACGGAGACGGGUAAAAGUCGCGGUGCUCGCGGAAUCCUGUCCGACCUGGCCAACAAUUUCAAACUGGAGCGAAAGGAGGGAGAAGGAGGAGGAGGAGGCGAGGGGGGUGACCGCGGUGUAAUUGAUUGGCUAGCAAGAUUGAUUGGGGUACAAGGGAAGACCUUGGGUGAAUUUUUGAGGGAAUACCAAGUUCACGUUUUAUACGAUUUGGUCUUCACCUUCUUCAAGUGGAUAUUUUUCCUUUACGCUGGUCUCUUGAUUCCAUAAUACUCUGUGGAGGACAAAAUUUUGAGCCAUAAUUACUUCGGUUCAAUUUGGCGAACCAAAACAAAUUCAAUAGUAUUAUUAGUUAAUAAUUUUACUGUACAGCUUUGUCUACAUACUAGGAUUAUCGGCUAAAAUUCCAAAAAUCGUUAAUAACUUUCCCGGUAAAUAUCUGUAACUCUUGUAUUUAAAGUAGGAUUCGAAUCUUGGUUUUUGUGGAUUUGUUGUACACCACCUCGGUGCUGUGAUCUGUGAACCAAUUUUUGACUGAUAAUAUUCAGGGGCGAUCAUACUUUAAUUUAAAACUUUAACUUGUACAAAGGAUAGACAAAUUUAGGUUAUGAAAAAGUCUACUUUAAUUAAAAUUAGAUUGAAUUAUUGUAGCAGUCAUUGUUUAAGGAUUGUGCAUAAAGCAUUUUGCCAAAAUUAGUCCCCUCCCAUUUUUUCCUGUUAACGUGAGACGUGGACCCUCAAAAUCGAGCACAUGCUUUAUGUACAAUGCCUUACAAUUAAAUAUCUGGAUACCCAACACGUGCGAAUAAUGAUAAUAAAACUACUAAAGACAACGACAUA